AUGUUCGGCUCUUUGCAGGCCCGUUGUGUGGCAAUGGGCUCAACGGUUGCAAUGAACAGCGACGCGGACGCAGUGGCACAGCACGGUGACGAAGUCGUUGGCUGCGUCACUGGCGAAGCGGAGGUCUCGGUCGAGUCGAAGGACGAAGCCCGUUGCGUCAGUGGCGACACGGAACCCCACGCUGUUCUGGAGGCAGCUGGAGCAGUAGCAAGUCGCGCCAAGCUUGCAGCGGCCGAGGCGAAUGACGACGCGUCGCUGGAUGGCCCCUGGGGCGACGCAGGCGGCGUGGCCGAGACAAGGAACGCCCGGCCGGUCGUCCAGAGGGUUUCCGACAUCAGGCCCGAGCAGCAGGGCAUCACCUUGCGUGUGAGGAUCGCGAAGGUUGCAGAGUCAAAUGAGGAAGGUGACAUGGAAGCAUGCUGUGCAGAUGCCUCGGGCGCGGUGACUCUCCUCUUGACGUCCGAGGACGCAGAGUUCUGCGCCACAGUGGGCACGCCAGUCUUGGUUCAGGCUGGUCAGGUACUAAUGCGCGGCGCAGGGAUGUACAAGCACAUUGGCGUCGCAGGGAAACUCUCUGCAAGCGGGGAAGCGGUCUUAGGAGAGAUCAACACCGCGAACAACAUCUCGGCUGUAGAGUACGAGCAGGUGGGGGAUGAUGUCCCAGCUCGCGAGAGAAAUAGGAUCUGCAAUCACCUGAUUUUGUCUCCUCCGAAUAUCCAUCGACGUGGAAACGGGCGUGGAAACGGACAGCGGAAGUGGUGA